AAUAAAUUUCGUCACAUUUCGUUGACGAAUUCGGUUGCUUCUGAUACGAAGUGCUUCAGAAAAGUUUUCAAACGAUUUCAAAUCACCGAUAAUUUAUUGAAGACAACUUAAGUGCCUUAUUUGAAAAAGAAAAAUGUGUGCUUUCUGAUAUUUUGUAAUAUCGACCUGCCGCUAGACUCGAAGUCAUCCGUGAACUUAUUCCGUUAUAAUGGCACUGCCAUCGGGGGGAGUUCCGAAUAAUGAUGGCAAUCACCCGAGUCGAUCCGGAUUGACCUUGAAAGAUGAUUCCACUGACGAUGGCGAUUGCCAGGAACGGUUUCACAAGGUGCUCACCGCCCUACUCAAUCGGAACUUCACCAUCAACAACGACGUCUAUCUGGAAAUGAUUGUGUCCCAUCUGGGCGGAAAAUACAACGUGGAACAUGGAAAAUUGCUCAAAUCGCCGGAGGUGUUUACCUGGCUUCAAAAUGCUUUGCUUCAAUGGGAAAGCGAUCAGAUGCCCUCGAUGGACGUAGCAGCCUUCACACUUCAGGUACUGGCACUCAUCGUAGCUGAUGAAUGGGACUUCGUGCGGGUGCAAAACGAUCGGAUUCUAGAUCGAUUUCAGGCGUGCAUUUCCAAGCAAGAGAACCGAUUUCAGCAUCCAUCGGUUAAGUUGGGCCAUGUGCUAGUGCUCAAAGCGACCGCCAAGCAUGCCAUGGGAUUAAACUGGAUUAAACACUCGGGAUCAUGGAAGAUUUGCUUAGAUUAUUACAAUGGUCAGCUUCAGACGAUUUAUAUCACUAAAGAGACUUCCUUAUUUUUCCACGAUAUUUUGGACCGAUUUGGCACCAUCGGCGAUUAUGAUUUGGUGCGGGAGAUUGUGUCCACAGUUCUAUCUCCUCUAUUGGAUCGAGUAUGGAGAAGUCCAGAGAGUGAAUUCGCUGUUUUGGUGAACGAUCCGAAUGCUCAGCGAGUGCUAUCUUCUAUGCUGAAUCUGAUGUGCACUUUGUUCCGAAAGAUGCUGGAAAGUAACAAGCGUUCCCGAGCAGCGUACCAUAUUUUGAUAACGUACCGGUUCGAACGAGGACUGUGGGCUUAUGCUGAUACUAUCCAGGAUCACAAUUAUCUCGUCAAGGUUUGGGAGACGCAGAUUUUGGCCAACUGUACAAGGCUUCGUUGUAUGGAUAUUCCGGCUGAAGACACAGAAAACAAGGAUUUACAUUUUGAGAAGUAUACGAUCAACUUUUUGAAUUACGUCAACUUUUCUAUCCGCCGAGGCAACGUUCAUAACGUGAUUCUAAUGGCGCAAAUGCAUCACCACGCUUGGCGUUUGUUGGGCGAUCGUGCUCCUGAAGAAGUGGUACUCAAAAACCAAAAUAUCAAAUUUGGUGACCAAAUUUUGCUCCUACAGCUGUUCCCUUUGGUAUACGAAAUGAAAUGCUUAGCUUACAAGGAUCUUUCGGAUCUGCCAGACUAUAUAGAAAAGCUUUGCAUGAAGCUGUAUGACAUCUCUUGCGAAUUCACCAUCCGACUUAUGUACGCAUGUCGGGACGUUUUCCAAAUGUACAACGUCAGCAUAGUCGAGCUGGCGAUAAAAUCCAUCCAGGGAGUUGUCUCUUUGCACACACUAUCGAGAUCCCGCGCGAUAAUCGCUUUCCAAGCAUUCGUUUAUGUUUUGAAAGAGUUUCUACCGGAUAUCUGUUUCUUAGUCAACCAAAAUGAUCAUUCUAAAACUGAUCUGAUUUUGUCAAAGCCGAAUUUACUGGCAGCAAUCAUUCAGGGACUUCACUCGUUGAUACAGAACUACAAAUUCACCUGGAAAGAAUGUAUCGAAUCGACUACACUAGUAAAUUUCAUGCUCAAUCUGCUGAGCAAUCCAAAUCUACCUCCAAGACAUGCGGUGCUCGCGCUCAAGCUAACACAGCUGUCCAUCGAACAUUUCCUAGCUCCGAACUUGGCACUCCUGAUGGACAACCUCAAGGGCUCCGGUCUAGAAUUUGUUGGGGCCAUCAUUUUCAAGCGCUUGCACGACAGCAACUGGGAGGUUCGAGACUCAGCUCUGGAGCUGCUCACCUCGAUCGUGGAAAUUUCUGAAAUCAAAUUCCCAUCCUUCCAGAAGCAUAUUCUGGAUUGCGAAGUGAUUCCGGUGGUGGAAUCGGCUGCCAAGAACGACAGCGAACCGUACGUCCGUGCAUCAGCAUUGCGAUGUCUGUCUGUGAUGGUCAAAAUUCGCUUGCUGUGGGAGCACUCCCUGGUAAAUCUGAAUUUAAUGAACCAUUUGAUAACUGUUUUCGAUACCGAAAGCGAAGGCGUCGUCCGACGGGAAGCAGUUAACACAAUUCGGGAAAUAUACUCCAAUCACAAAAUCUCGCCCCAAUGCUUGGACAGCGUGUUCUCGGUGUUAACCUUCUGCGCCGUCAACGAUCUGUACUGGGAGGUGAAAUUGAACGCGCUCAACUUCUGGCGAGUGGUCAUGUGCCGUCAGUUUCAGCAUCAGGGCAUGAUUGAUGGGACCUUCCCGGCAGUUACAUUUUCCAAGGAGCACAAGAAAAUCAUAACCCUGACCAAUCGAGAGAUCCUGUUGCGGUUGCGAAAAGUACUGGACGAACUGGCGCUGCGCGGAUGUCUGGGUGUAUUCUUGACCUGUUUGCAGGACGAUUGUGAUCUACAGGUGGUGAAGGCCACGAUCGAGAUUAUCCGUAAGUUGAUGUCCUAUUUGGACAAGUAUAACUUUAUGGAAGAGUACAAAAUGUCGAUGAAUCCGCCGACUGGAAGCGAAAACAACAGAGGGGUUCCGGUGAUGGACACCAACUAUUCGGAGCACCAGAACAAAGCCAGUAACCUGGUGCGAAGUUCGCAGCGCAACGACGCCGAUUACAGUAGUGGAAAUGUGCCUUGUUUGAUAAACUCGGACGAGAUUAUAGAUUCGAUCGUCAACUUAGACGAUGUUAAUCUGUUGUCGAUAACGUACAAGAACAACCUCAAAGUGGCUGAUGGUGGCGGCCAGGGAUCGGAAAAUUCAUGUAACUGUGAAUCAUCUAAAGUGCACGAAAACUUGUUCCGGAAGUAUGCCGAUGAGGUCACAGCUGACGAUUUUCUGGAUCGUGUGGCCAAAAUUGAUUUCGAUGAGCUGAUACGCGGCCGGGAACAAUGGUUGCGCAAAACAGAGAGCUUUUCGUCUCUGUUGGACGAUGUCCUGUUUUCGUACUACGCGACCGAAGUGAAUGACGCCGAUUGCUACUGAGGCAAGUCAGAUGUAAGUACAUAGUAUUUGGCUUAUUUAGCAUUAUUCUUUAUCAUUGAAUACCAUUGAGAAUAUAUUUUUUUU